AUGACUACACAUCCAGACGAAUUGAUGUCACCUAAUGCGAUACCUACCAUCCAGAUCCAAGAGCCUACAUCGCCCCCACCCCAUUUACCAACACUGCGAUCACAAUCGUUUGAGCUGCCCAGAGAAAAGACAACAGGUGCGCGUGCUCACUUCGAUACACCCGCUUCAGCAGUAAGACCAGGCUUCAACCGUGCCAGUAUAUCUCACAGUGAGGGAUACACAUUCCGUAGACCCUCUUUGAAUUCACGCAAAUCAUUUGCAAGAUCCGUAUCUUCCUUUUCGCUGUACUCACAUUUUGCUGGUGAAAGAUUCAGCCAUCCCCAUCAUCGUCAUCAUCGUCACUCCUUAUCGAGAAAGAGCAGUGCCAAAUCAUCAGACGUAGAGGAUGUUUCCAUCAAAGAUGGUACUUCAAGCGACAGUAGCUAUAACAACACAAGCAGCAUUGAUGAAAAGGAUGGCGAAAACGAAACUCCUAAAGCAUCUGUAGGAAAAGCAAUGUUCAUGUUUCUCAAGGCUUUCAUUGGAUCAGGAGUACUUUUCCUACCAAAGGCAUUCGAGCAUGGCGGACUGGCAUUAUCCUGCGUGUUGAUGGUCAUCAUUGCGUGUAUCUGCCUAUUUGCAUUUUUGAGAUUGGUCGACACCCAGCUGGUAAUUGGGGGCUCUUAUGGCGACAUUGGCCAAGUGCUGUUUGGAAGGUGGGUCAAGUACAUUGUGCUGUUCUUUAUUGUCCUAUCGCAAAUGGGGUUUGUGUGCUCCUACUUUGUGUUUAUCUCUGGCAAUUUAGUCAAUAUUGUCGAUGUCUUGUCCCACUGUGGUGCGCAGAUCGAGCAAAAGUAUUACAUCUGGUUUCCCUUGAUUUUUAUCAUACCCUUGGUAUUAAUUCGACAUAUUGCUAAACUGUCGUUCACUGCCAUCAUUGCGGACGCCUUUAUUUUGUUUGGUUUGAUCAGCUGUUUGUAUUUUACAGCGCACGAACUAAAGAGCUUCGGAAUGGGGCCGGAAGUCAAGGCUGUCAAUCCUGCCAACUUUGCACUGAUGCUUGGUACAGCAACAUUUUCAUUUGAAGGCAUUGGAUUAGUAAUACCUAUUGUAGAAUCCAUGAAGCAACCAGAACGAUUUCCAUUUGUCGUUACAGUAGGAAUGGCUAUUGUUUGCUCCAUUUACAUCUUGAUUGGAGCCAUAUCUUACAUGGCCUAUGGUAAUCACAUUCAAGCAGCUGUGGUAUACAAUUUCCCUCGUGAUAAUCCACUUACCAUUGCUGUGCAACUGCUCUACUCGAUUGCCAUUAUCUUGACUGCUCCAUUAAUGCUGUUUCCGGCAACGAAAAUCUUGGAAAACGGUAUAUUUCGAAAAUGCAGAUCGGGAAGCCAAGACUUUAAAGUAAAAUGGUGCAAGAAUCUGUUUCGAGUUUUCUUACUAUCUUUCUGUGCGGCAGUGGCAUUUGGCAUUGGAGGGGAAAACCUGGAUGUUUUCGUAUCGCUAGUCGGUUCCGUUGCUUGUGUUCCCCUGUGCUUUAUAUUUCCAGGACUCUUCCACUACAAGGUAUCCAAGAGCUUGAAGGAGAAAACCAUGGACAUUGUCCUGUCGACAUUCGGCAUUGGCAUCAUGAUAUUUACACUGUAUGUCACCAUCGCUUCAUUUGUGAAGCCGGAAAUUGCCUCUUUUGUAUUAUCACCUUAUUGCCCCACAUAG